UAUUUUCAAACCAUGUCUUCUCUUCCUCCCGUCUACAUUGUUUCUACUGCCCGUACUCCCGUGGGAUCUUUCCUGGGCUCCCUCUCCAGCUUGACUGCUCCCCAGCUUGGUGCACAUGCCAUCAAGGCUGCUGUUGAACGGGCUGAGGGCAUCAAUGCCUCUGAUGUCGAAGAGGUCUUCUUCGGUAAUGUCUUAUCUGCUGGUGUUGGACAGAACCCCGCCAGACAGUGCGCCAUCGGUGCUGGUCUUAGCGAUUCUACCAUCUGCACCACUGUCAACAAGGUCUGCGCUUCUGGCCUGAAGGCCAUCAUUCUCGGUGCCCAGACUAUCAUGACCGGAAAUGCCGAUAUUGUUGUCGCUGGUGGAGCUGAGUCCAUGUCGAACACCCCUCACUACCUGCAAACCUCUCGCAGCGGUACCAAGUUUGGCAGCCAGACCCUGGUUGAUGGUAUCCAGAAGGAUGGGUUGACUGAUGCCUACGGCAAGCAGGACCUUAUGGGUGUUGCGGCCGAGGAGUGCGCCGAGGACCACGGUUUCAACCGUGCCCAGCAGGAUGACUAUGCUAUCCGCAGCUAUGAGAAGGCACAGGCUGCCCAGAAGGCCGGUGCUUUCGACUACGAGAUUGCCCCUAUUGAGAUCCCCGGUUUCCGUGGCAAGCCUGGUGUGACUGUUUCCCAAGAUGAUGAGCCUAAGAACCUCAACCCCGAGAAGCUCCGCGCCAUGAAGCCCGCCUUCAUCCCCGGUACUGGAACUGUGACCGCCCCCAACUCUUCGCCCUUGAACGACGGUUCCGCCGCCGUUGUCUUGGUUUCCGAGGCUAAAGUGAAGGAGCUUGGCCUCAAGCCUAUUGCCAAGAUCCUAGGUUGGGGUGAUGCUGCGCAGAAGCCCAGCAAGUUCACUACUGCUCCUGCUUUGGCUAUCCCCAAGGCCCUCAAGCACGCCGGUGUGACCCAGGACUCCAUCGAUGCCUUUGAGAUUAACGAGGCCUUCAGUGUUGUCGCUCUUGCCAAUCUGAAGCUCCUCGGUCUCUCCGAGGACAAGGUCAACAUCCACGGUGGUGCAGUCGCCAUUGGACACCCUCUCGGUGCCAGUGGUGCCCGUAUUGUGUCUACCCUCCUCGGUGUCUUAAGCGCUAAGGGUGGUAAGCUUGGCUGCGUCGGCAUCUGUAACGGUGGUGGCGGUGCCAGCGCCCUGGUGAUUGAGUCCAUUUAA